UAGAAAGUAAUUCCUCACUUUGAGAGGAAAUUCUGCAGGAUUUAGACACAGCUUUAUCAUGGCUGCUGCCUCCCCACUGAGAAACCUGGAGGAUGAGGUACUGUGCUCCAUCUGCCUUGACUACUUGAGAGACCCAGUAACCAUUGACUGUGGCCACGUCUUCUGCUACCGCUGCGUUAUUAAGGUCUGUGAAUCCACCAGGCAACCCCUGUAUUGUUCCCUCUGCAAGACCCCCUUUAAGAAAGAGAAUAUCCGCCAUGUAUGGCAGAUGGCCAGCCUGGUGGAGAACAUCUGGAGAAUGAAAGUAGAUGAGGAGAGACAACCAAGAGAGGAAAGAACACCUGAGCAAAGAGCAGAGAAGCUGUGUGGGCAGCACCUAGAGAAGCUCCAUUACUACUGCAAGGAUGACCGGCAGAUACUGUGUGUGAUGUGUCGGGAGUCCCAGGAGCAUAGGCACCAUGCUGCAGUUCUCCUCGAGAAGGCUGCACAGCCUUACCGGAGCAAAAUUCUAAACCAUCUGAAGAUUCUGAAGGGAGACAGGGACCGGGUUCAGAAUUUCCAGUCUACAAGAGAAGAUGAGAUUGAGGCCCUGCUGACAAAAUUUCAGAACCACAGACAAGACAUUGUGUCAGUGUUUGAACAGGGCCAUCAGUUCUUGAGAGAAAGGGAGCAGUACCUGUUGGAGUGGCUGGAGGUGCUAGAGCAAGAGCUUGCUGAAGGGAGGAACAGCCAUGUUACCAAGGGCUCUAAGGAGGUCAUCCGGCUUGGGACCCUGAUUUCCGAGUUGGAGAAGAAGGCACAACAGCCAGCACUUGAACUUUUGCAGGACCCAAGUGACAUAAUAAGCAAAUACCCCCGGAAGAAGUUCUGGAUUGAAAAGCCUAUCAGUCCAGCAAUCAGAAAACGGGCAGAAGAAUUUUCAGAUAAACUUCUUUCAUUAGAAAAAGGACUCAGAGGAUUCCAUGGAAAAUUGGUGAGGGAUCUGGAAUACAAGACAAUGAAGAUCAUCCUGAAUUCCCAGACAGCCAAUGGCUACCUCUCAGUGUCUCCAGAUGGGAAGAGUAUGAUAUUCACUGGCUUGUGGAUGAACAAAUACCAACACAGUCAGCGAUUUGAUCCUGAGCCUGGUGUGCUGGGCAGUAAGGGCUUCACAUGGGGCAAAGUGUACUGGGAAGUGAAAGUGGAUAGGAUAUGGUGGGAAGCAGAGGAGGAGGAAGAAGCAAUGAAAUAUAGGUAUGGAGCCAGAGGUAUGUUUAGCAGUAGCUAUCUUGGUAGAUUCAUAGGCAUCACUGAUGCAUAUAGUUCUAUUGGAUACAGAAAUGAGAAUGAAGAGUUGGAGGAACAGUUGUCUCAGGAAAAAGGAAUAUGGCCAAAAUUCUGCCUGGUGGGGGUAGCAAGAGAGUCUGUGGUAAGAAGAGGAUUUCUCAACUUCACCCCUGAGGAGGGAUUCUGGACUCUGCAGCUGUCUUCAGCUGGAGCCUAUAUAUUUACUAGCCCUGAGCCUUUCCGAAUCCUGUCCUACUGUCCAAGGCAGAUUGGAGUUGCUCUGGAUUAUGAUGGGGGGAAGGUAACCUUUAUCAAUGCUAGAACUCAGGAGUUUAUCUAUGAAUUCUCAUCUUCUUUCACUGGGAAAAUUUUCCCUUUCCUGUGGCUUAAUUGCAUGAGAUCCAGACUUACAUUGAGACCAUGAGAGAAGGCCUCAGGCACAGCCCUAGGUUAUUUCAUUUAUCCCUUAUUCCUCUAUAUCAUUCCCAACUUUCUACCUCAACUAACUGUUCUGCUGGGGUUCUGAGUCCCCUUAGCUGACUGGAGCAAUGUGGUAUAUAGUGGGGAGCCAGGAGUCCUCUCUGCUUCAUCUCUAAAAUGAGAGUGGUAAUACUUGACCUGCUUUAUCUAGAGUGGAAGAAUUGAAAUGUCUUCAAAGUACUUAUUAAAAUGAGUGAUAUUGUUAAUCUUUGUCUUCUGUUACCUUUGAUUUUGUCCUUGUCUUCAUCUGCCACUAAGACAGAGGUCUGAGAAAGAGCGACUACGUCAUAGGAUCACAACCUCGGCCACUAAUAGUAAUUGGUUACAACAUCCGUAUCCAUUUCUAAAGCACCUGUCACAUAAUUUCUCCUGAUAGCUUUCUAACCAGCUGGGGAAGUAUUUUGAUACAAUUCAUGCCUGAUGAAGCAUCUGAUCUUUAUAUAUUUUGUGGUUUGAGAUAUCCGGAGUGGGAAUUGGUUUAUUUAUUUUUGCUAUAUUCUUAUAAUCUUUACAGUAAGAAGGGAGGGAGGAAACCAUCGGAGGCUCAGACAUAUAUGUGUUUUUAUAAAUCAUUUGAUUGUUAAGUAAGCUUAUGUCAGCUGAGUUUUGCGAUUGUAGAAACAGAUAUUUAUUUUUAAAAAAUUAGGUUAAAUUAGUAGCCUUAGCUAUAGGUAGCAGAAAAUGAAUCUGGCUAAUUUUAGAGAAGAGAAAUUUAUUAAACAAUAUUGGGGCAUGUAGAGCACCAUGAGGGAGGGUCAUAAGUAUCUACCCUCCUGUAAAGUCUGGAGGUCCUACUGUAUUGCCAAGAAGGGGCAGGUUGGGAGUCAGCAUGGGAGCUGCAGCAGGAGGGAGGAGGAAGUGGAGGCAUUACCAGAACUUGAGGGGAUUGGUGGAAUUGUCAGUAUGUAAAUGGAACAUGUCAUGCAUGCACAAGUACAAGCUAGCAUUCCUGGGUCAGGAGGUGUGGGGAAAUUUGCUUUGAUAGUUCAUUUAAAAAUGUUUUGUUGGGAAAUAGGACCAAAUAAUAGAAGAUCCCUAUAUCCUGUAUAUACAUGCAUCAGUACAAGAAAGUUGAAGUAGAUUGCCAAUAUUAUGUGCUCAGAAUCCUCGAUAUAGCAGGGACAAAGCAGUUUACAGCUAGAUUUUUUAAUAUAACAAAUGGCCAAGAGUUUUAGCUAAUAUAUUCUGUUACUGCUCAGUUCACGUUUAAUGACUUUACAGAACCUGAGGGAACAGAUUUUAUGGGUUAAGGAUGUACUAAUGAGUUUGGCUGGAAAUAAGUGUGAACCAGAAUAUAAGUAAGCAAGAUGGUGGUGGAACUGUUCCUCUUUAGAAUCUUUUACAAAAUCAGAGACUGAUGUUAAGGAGCCCUGGUAUUGCGAUGGUUAAACAUUUGGCUGCUAACCAAAAUGUCAGAGGUUUCAACCCCCCAGCUGUCCUGCUGGAGAAAGAUGUGGCAGACUGCUUUUAUAAAGAUUACAGCCAAGGAAACCCUAUGGGGCAGAUCUGUUUUGUCCUGUGGGUUGCUGCGAGUCAGAAUCAACUCGAGAGCAAUGGGGUUUUGUUUGUUUACGAUCUUACUAGACAGAUAAACAGAAGAAAAAUGAUAAGAGGGAGAUCACAGAAUCUCUGGUGGACUGGAAGCAAGUUGGCCACAUACUAGGAACAGUGCCCACCAUCAUGUUAUAGAAACAAUCCCAUGAAGAUAGCUGCUGCUGCAACUGCUAGUGCUACUUGGCC